GGCCCGGCUGCAAUGACUUCUUCCAAGAUUUUAAACCACCAGUGUCGACUCAAGGGCUCUUACCUCCCGGCAACACAUUUCAUGUCACUUGUCAGCAAUAUACCAGGAGUAACACUCAGUAAAAGCAAAACGUCAAGAAGAGGAGAAGCAGAUUUAGGAAGUGGUGGCUUUCUCACAGGGGCGGAGCGGAAGGGUAAGAAGACGUUUUCCAGCAGCAGCCUCCCGGGGAAGCAGCCGUUCCUGGAUGACGGACUUGGACCGGCAUUCCCGCCUGGCACAUCCACGUGCAGGCACUACAAAGGAGAGAAGGAAACAGAAGGAGAACGGAAAGAAGAACAGACAGCACAGAAUGGGGUCCCAGCGGACAAAAAGGGAGAGAGGUGUCUGUUCAGAGCAUCACCUGCGCUUCAAGUCAUGGAUGACAGCAUACAAACAUUCAAAUCAAUGGCCCCAAGUGCCUUUAGAAAACAAAGGGUUUCUGGAUUAGAAUGUAGAAUGGUACCUUCACGAAUCAUCUCUUCCCAAUUGCUUCCUCACAUCAGUGAAGGACAUCCAGUGUACCCCAUAGUAGGCAUUUUUGAUUCUUCCCCGACCUUCACAAGCCCCAGCCCCCCAGUCACCAUGUUCUGUCAAUUACUCAACCUUAGGAAGACUCUGUUCCGUUGUUACUCACAGAACUAGUCCAAAAGCCGCCCCGCUGGCUUCCCUGUCCCCAGUCUACUCUAUGCUACUGAAACACAUCGAAUUCUAGCUGGCCAUUACCUGGAACAAACCCGAGGCCAUUUAAAAUCUCGUCCAAGGUCUCUCCAGCUCUGCCUUCAGAUACAAUUAUUCUCCAAACUGUAUUAAAUGAUUCACCACUUACCACAUAUUUACUUUAUGCAACUGUAAAUGAGGUAAAUGUUGCUUGCUCUCCCUCUGAGAUUAUCGUUUUGCCUUUGUCAACCUGUAAAAUUUACCCUGCAAAACUCAGUUGAAAUAUUACUUGCUGUAGGAAAACUUCAUAAACUCCCCCUGGGCUCUGAGCUCUUUGCUCCUUUCUGGGCCUCUAUUAAAAUCACAGCAGUGUUUCAUAGCAUUUAUUUAUUUGUCUCAGUGUCUGCUGACAAAAGCAGCUGCUCCUAUUUUUUCCAAACUCCCCAAUACUGUGGUAAUGUCCUCACAGUCCAUACGAGAGCCUGAGAGACAGGGAAUUAUAGAUGCUCCGCGCAUGCGGGAAGGGAUGAAUGCUGAGUUGGUGGAUAGACAUACGAGCAAAUAAAUGGACUGUUCUGGAUGGCAACGUAGCUAUUUCCUCCCCCACACUCAUGUAUCUUUUUUUUAAAAAUGAGCUUGAUUUAAGUUUUUGCUUAGUUAUUGUAAUUAAAUACUUCAAAAUCAAUAACCAUGCUUUAGAUCAGGACCCAACCAUUCAAUCCUGUCUCUUUCAUAACCCACUUGAAUUGUCCUCCCCUGUAAACAGAAGGACUACAAUUUUCCUUCCCUUACUACGGACAACCUUGUUUUGACGGCCUCCUGUUUUGUUUCAGAGAUGUGAAGUACAUGGUAACGGAAUCUUUUCCAACAAACAAGGGUCCACUGCUGUUAACAGAAUAUAAAAAGAAUGACUUAGGACUUUUAAAACAUCUCUUUCCUGAGGCAUUAAGGCAUUGGUAGGAGAAAUGCGUAAGAUGAAGAGAGGGCAAAGAACCAAGAGGGCCCAGUGAUGGCAACUGGAAAAAAGAACCCAGAAAAGUCAGAGAAAGUAAUGACAUCAUCAGGAUUCUUUGUUCUUCCAGCAACAUUCACUGAUGACAGAUUGUAUCACUUUCCUUUAAACUUGCAAGAAUCCAGCAAAUGAAUCUAGUCAAAAAAAACACUGACCCAGCUGAGCGUCCAAGUCUUGGUUUCAGCUCAGGUUGUGAUCCCAGAAUCGUGAGACCCUGAAAUUGCGAGACCAUGAGACUGAGCCCAGCGUUGCUCUCUGUGCUAUGCAGGGAGUCUGGUUUCCCUCUCCCUCCCCUUUCUCCCCAUCUGCACACUCUCUCCCUAAUGUAAAUAAAUAAAUCUUAAAAAAAGGAAAAAAGAAAAAAAAAAAAAAAGAAUGGCUCAGCCUCUCUGUAUAGGGACUGUCACACAAGGCAAGACUUACAGACAGUACCAGUGGUGUUUCUUUUUUAUUUCUGUUGAGGGAUAUGAGAAUGUGUACUAGUGCAAAAUAUCUUGAAAAUGUUAAAUUUGAAACUUGGCAGUGAAAGAAUUACAGAUGAAUAAUUUAUACCACAAAAAGAAUAAAAACAUAAAACGAAGUGGACAACAGAUCCUUGCUAUAAGUAAAUAUGUAAAAACUUACACCACACAUGAGAAAUGGGGCUGGAAUAAUGGACCUUAGUCACAAACAGCAUUGAAGGCUCCAUGCCUCCUAUCUCCCCACCUGUGGCACUGAUCUGCAAGAAAUGCCAUACUAUGGACCCAGAGUCACACCAGCCAACCCUCCUGUCCGAGGUGGCUUUCUUCAAUCUUGUGUCAGAAAGUAAACUACAAAGGAGUUGUCAGAAAAGGGUCCAAAACCCCUUUGUUGAGCUGCUAAGCUCAUCCUAAGUAGUCACCCAAAAAAAGCCACCUAAAAAAUCUGGAGGAAAGACUCUGAUUUGGGCAAGACCAGCUGUGGCAGGAAGUGGCCCAAGUUCAGUGGAAAGAACUCUCAUUAUGGGGUCAAAAGAGAAAACAGAACGGAAAUUCAUCAAGGCCUGUGAUACCUGAAAUGACCGAACCCAUUUCAUUGAAUUAAAAUAAAAUACCCUCUGCAGCAGCUACUUACACUUCUGUUUUACAGAUAAGAAAGAUUAUGAGAUUCCACCAAAGAUCAGGAAACCAGCAAAUGGUCAGAACUUGGGUUUACGUGCCAGCUGCCAAGCUGGUGGUGUUUCUGGAUCUUCCUCCACAUUCUGAGACCUGGCUCUGGGCCCCUGCCACUCAGUGGCUCUGUGACUCUGAGAGGAGGUCCUGUGACCUUUCCAAGGCUCAGUUUACCCAUUUUUUAAAACGAAUACAACAAUGCUGGCCUACUUCACAGGGUGGCUCUGAGAACCAACCAACAAUGUUACGUGAAGGACUUAUUUAAGCUGCAAAAGUGUCACAUCAAUGCAAG